CUACCACCCAUACCUCGGUUGUACAGUGAUGGCCUUAGCUGUCCUCCAGCCUCUGCUGGCAGCCUUCAGACCACCUUUACAUGACUCAAGGAGGCAAGUGUUCAACUGGACUCAUUGGGGUGUGGGGACAGCCGCUAGAAUAACAGCAGUGGCAGCAAUGUUCCUAGGAAUGGAUUUACCAGGAUUGAAUCUUCCCAGUCCACAGAAGACCUACGCAAUGAUGGGGUUUGUGGUCUGGCACAUCGGGACUGAGGUCAUUCUGGAGAUGCAUGCUUAUCGGCUCUCUAGAAAAGUUGAAAUACUGGACAACGAUAGAAUUCAGAUCCUUCAGUCACUGACUGUUGCUGAAGCAGAGGGUCAUGUUUUUAAGAAGGUGGUGUUGGUGGUUUACAUAUGUGGGAAUGUGACUUUUCUCAUGAUAUUCUUAUCUGCAAUCAACCACGUAUGAAUCUGAAAAGACUCUUAUUUGUUGUGAGCCUGAGUCAUGACGAUCAUCAAAAUGAGAGACUGACCAUCUGGAGCACAUACUAACUCAGAAGACCCAUGGGCAUCGAUAUAGAGGACUUCUGAGGUCUGGUUUUUCCAGCUUACGUUCAAGUGAGCUAAAUAACCUGUGCAUUGAUGUCCAUCAAGCCUUUAUGUGUAAAUUCUGCAUCCUGAAGGGAACAUUCGUACCUGAGAAGACAUGAUCUCAACAUCCCAUGCCAGAUUUAAAGCGGUAAACUGGAAUGACUAGCAAGUGAAGACAAUUAUCUCAGGCAAGGAAUAAAUGGAGAUCGUAUCUUUGGGAAUGAGACAGGUUUUAUGUAGCCCAGGCUGGCCUCUUACUGACUGUAUAACCAAAGAAACCCAGAACCUCUAAUCUUCCUGCCUGUGCUUUCUGGGUGGUGAGAUUACAGGUGUGCACCACCACUAUAUCUGGUUUUAUUGACGAUGCUGCUGUGGUACUUUAAAGAAUACAUUUAUGUUGACUAGUUUA